UUCAUGAAGCAAACUUUGUAAACAGCCCAAGAUCUAAACUCGAAACCGUAGGCAACGGUUUCCUCGUUACUUUUACUUUUACUUUUUUUUAUUUUUUGCCCUCUUUUUCUCUAUUUUUUUCCGAAAAAGAAAAUAAAAGACGAAGAAAAAAGGCAAGAAAAAAAAUGGCGGAAGGAGGGAAGCCAGACGCGCAGCUCUUCCAGCUUCUCUCUAAUCUUUUACAACAGGUUGAAUCACUGAGCAACCAAGAAGAAGUAGAACUGCGAGCCAAGAUACAAGCGCUUGGGCUAGAAGUCACCAAGGUGCCAUCCAAACCAUCUGAGGAUAUUGGAGAGUUGGAGAUAGCAGCAGAGUUGGAUAAAUUGUCAGCUAAAUUAGAUGAUGUUGACAAGAUGAUAUCUUCAACCAUGGCCGAAGACCCGCAGGUUCGGUCCCUUCUCAGCAGUACCUCUGACGUGUGGAUGCCAGUCAUCACGGCCUCCGCUGAUCAAAGGCGUGGUUUCACAGCAGGAACAAGCAGUGAAGGUGGUCAAAAAGAGGAGUGAGAUUUGCGAGCCAAUCAGUUUGAUUUUUAUUUAUUUAUUUAUUUUGAGCUCCCACAAUGUUAUCACAUUGUACGUGUCUUGAUUCUUAAUGAGAUCAAAAGAUACUGUUUACACUUUGUAUGCUCCAGCAAGUGCAAGUGCUCAUUUCCCCCUCUGUUCUCUUGCUCUUUUGUUAUUGUAUUGUAUACUAUAUAAAAGGAAUUACAUUUGGUUUGUAACUUUCUAAUUUUAUGAGCAGAAUUGAAGGGGUUAUUUA